AUGGCAAUCAAGCGCGGCGGAGCCGUGGAGGUGCUGCUCCUGAGCGCGCUCUCGUGGGUGUGCGUCCGGCCCGAGGAGAAGAUCGUCUUUGACAGGCACUCGGUCUACUGGAACAGUUCCAACCCCAAGUUCUGGCACGGAGAGUACCGGGUGGCGGUCAACAUCAACGACUACCUGGACAUCUACUGCCCCUACUACGAGGGCCCGCCCAAUCACGGCCGCAUGGAGCGCUACAUCCUGUUCAUGGUCAACCACGAGGGCUACACUUCCUGCCAGCACCGGCUGCGCGGCUUCAAGCGCUGGGAGUGCAACCGGCCCAGCGGCUCCGACGGGCCCCUGAGGUUCUCCGAGAAGUUCCAGCUCUUCACGCCCUUCUCGCUGGGCUUCGAGUUCAGGCCCGGACACGAGUACUACUACAUCUCGUCUCCUCAUCCGAACCACGUGGGCCGAGCGUGUCUAAAGCUGAAGGUCUACGUCAGACCUCCUGAUGGCUCGGGAUACGAUUCUCCGGAACCCUUCCUGACUGACGGCGGCGGUCCGAGCCGGAGGCCGGACUCCGCGGCCCCGGUAGCCGCUCUGGCCUGGCUGCUGCUGGGACUCUUCUCCUGGCUGUGAGCCGCUCACUCCCCCCCCCCUCUUCCUGGAGCUCCGGCCCCCGGGGACGCCAGGCGGGGCGGGGCCGGGCCGGGCCGGGCUGGCUGUCCCUCCCUCGAAACUCCACCACCCUCCUCAGGGAAGCCCUUUGACCCUCCCUAUCCACCUCCCCCUUCCCCAGCCCCACUUAUCUACAACGCGACCACCAGCCACCACCACUGCCAGCCCCCCUCCCCGCCCUCCAUGGCCCAACCACGGACACCCUUCCCAGGCCUGGCGAGUCUGCAGGGUGAACCGCGUCUUUCGCACUCUGGGAAACGUCCUUUCACUCGUAUCAGGAUCUUGUUUGGAUGUGAACCGUAGACUCCUGGCCGGUGACAAGGUAGAUGUAGCCGUGGAUAUGAUUAAACUUGUCAUCCAUCCGGAAGGUCGGCCUGGACGCACAGAAGAGUUUUUGUACUCCCAAAGCCUGAAGCGCAAGUUGCCCUGCCUGCAUUUUUACAAGCUAAUCAAAUUCUCGCUGUAGACUAAACAGAUCCAGAUCACGUGAGCACACAAGAUGACAAUUUUAACCAUAGCCUGCGGGAGGGAUACCAGGUGGGUCUGGCGAGGUGUAUAUUUUUAAGGUGGGAUGUGUUCUUGUCUCGUUUGAUGUUUCUAAACAAAAGCAUUUAUCACCGCCUGCUCGCAGCACAGGCGCAGUCUGCACUUGUCUUAGUCCAACAGGUCGGGUGACUUCUGGAACCAUGACUUUACUCCUGUAUGAAUGUACCACUGGUCACCCACCUCUUUUGUGUUUGUGUAUUGUUACAACUGUGGUUUCUUCUCUCGGACCGUCAAUCGGCAGGAUUCUGGGGGACGGGUUCUCGGCUCCGGGAAGCUGGGGUUUUGUGGCAGUUCGGGUCCGUCCAGUCGGAGUAGGUGGCGACACUCGAGUUGCAUGACCACUGUGAAAACCCUCAGAACAACUCUGUUUGUAUCGACAAUGUAUUUUUUCAUGGAGGGGGAACCAGAACCACCCUGCCGCCACUUUCCGUCUUUACGAGACUUUUCAAGACAGCCGACUUUUUCGAGCAGUCUCACCCCCGCACCCCCCCCCCCCCCCCCGUGGUGGUUCAGGGACGGGGUCCUGAAUGGCGGAUCCAAUGGACCCAAUGGUUUAAACAACCGGAAACCACCUGAGACUCAACCGGACUACAACGGACGUCAACGCUGACUGAAACUGGUCUUGGCUCAUAAAACCAGUCUAAAACUGCGUGGACUCUGACGUGUGGGGUAGUACCGAAUACACACGCAGUACACAUGGACUGAGUUUAAUGUUAAAAAGGUGAAAAAAAGUGAAUUUUUUUUUUUUUUUUUUUUGCUGGGGAGUAAACCUAUACGAGCAACGCACUGUGAACACACGCAAACUUGCAGAUACACACCAGUCUGUUCUCACGAGAAUUUAGUAGGACUUCUGACAAAAACUACACAGUAAUAGUAAGUAGAAGAACUUUUCAGGUGACUUUAAAAGAGUAUCUUGUUUUUACGAAAAAACAAAAGAUUCAUGGAAAUAACUACUUGUCCUAAAAUGGUGGCAUUUUUCGAGGGGGGCCAUUUUAGUGGACCGCGCCAUUGCGCCGGAGCUCGCUCGAGUAAUACGUCGUCCGAUUCUAACGUCGGUUUUUUUUUUUUUUUUUUUUUUUAGGGCGCAAAUUCCAACUAAAUUCUUGUGAAUUGCAGAUUCUAUUUGGGAAAAAACACACGCAAGGCAAACAUUCACACAUUCACACAAACAAGGGGAAGCGCCUCCUUCCCCGUUUCCUCUUAUUUUUGUAGCAUUUAAAAAAGAUCACUGUCGAAGACUCCUGCGUGGGAUGCAGUGACGGGUGGGCGAGACUGAGUGUAGCCUGUGGAAGAUUAAAACAAACAAACAAACAAAGAGAGACCCGUCUUCUUGUGUUCCACCGAUGCCGGUCUUGUUCUCCGGUUCAUGAACCGAGGCCCGUUUUAUUGGCAGCACCAGUGGGACCAUCUCGCCGGGUCCAUUCCCGUUUGACCGCAGGCGGAACCUUUGCGACGGCUUUAUUGGACGCGCCGCACG